UGCAUUUGAGUUGUUUAUAAAGAAGAAGAAGUUUUUGAUGUUUCUGAUUCAAUGUCACAAAUGUCACUCACCAGUCUUUCUCCUUUAUGCUCUUCCCUUGCAUAGUUUCUUUUCGAGUGUUGGGCUUGUGAAAAAUCCACCAUGAAGGCUAAAGGAGAGUUGAAGGAAUAUGAAGUCAUUGGACGUAAAUUGCCGUCCGAGAAGGAAAAAACUACCCCUCUUUACAAAAUGAGGAUUUUUGCUCCAGAUCAAAUUGUGGCGAAGUCUCGUUUCUGGUAUUUCCUUAGACAACUUAAAAAGUUCAAAAAGUCGACUGGUGAAAUUGUAUCAGUCAAAAGGAUAGCUGAGAAGUCCCCUUUGAAAAUUAAAAAUUUCGGAAUCUGGUUGAGAUAUGACUCCAGAUCUGGUACACACAACAUGUACAGGGAAUAUAGGGACUUGACCGUUUCUGGGGCUGUAACCCAAUGUUACAGAGAUAUGGGUGCUCGCCAUAGAGCCAGAGCACAUGCUAUUCAAAUCAUCAAGGUAGAAGUUGUUGCUGCUGCGGCUACCAGAAGGCCACAAGUGAAACAAUUCCACGAUUCAAAGAUCAGGUUCCCAUUACCAAAACGUAUCCAACAUAAAUCUAUGAAUAGGUUCUCUGUACGCAAACCAAGGACCUAUUUCCUUUAAGUUUUGUAAGUGCAUACAAUAAAUAAUCCAAGAUUUAAA